AUGUCAUCCGAAAACGCGCAAAUAGCCGGACAACCAUUAUCACCACCGAGUUCACCACCCGCUUCGUCAUUGAUAUCAGUUUUAGCCUCUCGAUGCCAAUCUACUCGGCCUCUUCAAUCCCAAUCAAUUGAUGUCCUUGCUUCACAACUUGGCAGCUCUUCUUUGGAGCAUUUCCAUUACGACUCUUCUCGCUCGACUACACGGCUUCCGGAAACCGCCCUCUCGCCCAUUUCAUUACCCGACGAUGACUGCAUUAAUGUACAGUCGAUACUCAACCAUCAGGGUUCCGACUCCAUGGAGCUUGAUCCCUACAAAGACAUGAAUACUACGAAAUCUCGUAAUUAUCAUCCGAGAAACGCCCAAGAGGAUUUUGCCUGUGCUCUUGAUGGACCUUUCAAUCCAUUUGUGCCCAUUGCUGUUGAUCCGACCACUCUUAGUGAAGGCCCGGGGGAUGCCUCAAGGUCAAUGUACAGGCCCAAUGCAAAUGGCGGCUUUCAAGUGGAUGAAGGAUACUGUGAAGACGAGGAUGAUUUCUCUUGGCUUCAACCACUUGUACUGCGAAGGACGACUGGUACGCCUGAUGGAAUUAAGAAGCGUUACGAGCUUGGGUAUCGAAGAUCCGCUGAUGCUGCAAGUCGUUGUCGCAACACGAUUCACAGUGUACCUCGAAUGCGACGACGCGACAAGAAGAGAAGCAGGCAAUCGCAACCCUACUCUACGGCAAGCUCCGUCAGGGGCCGCUCGGAUUCACAAACCUCGCAGAUGGUUAUUUCAACACAGUGA